ACUCAACUUUCGUACACAACAAGUUCUGAUUGAGCCUCUUUUUGACUGUGUGUGGACUUACAUGUGUGUAAGGCAGAUGUGAAUCAAGGAUUUCGGGUGUAGAAAUUAGUUACAUCUUUUUCCACCUGUGUGUGGUUUAGUUUGAAUUAAUUUGAUGAUAACCUGGGAUUAACUUUCUGGUGGAUUGGUUUAAUUACUGACUCUUUCUGGUUAAAAGGGGCUAACUCUCAAGCUCUUGUGUGGAGGUAUACAGACAAAGUUUGGGUCAGCAGGAUAGGGUGUGUGUCAUGAUGGCAGUCCGUCUGUCUGUUUGUCUGGCUGUUUUAGUCAUCAUAUGUGCACCUUUGACAAGCAUAGCCCGCAGACGGUCCAGAAAUCUCAGGCCAGGAGCAAAAGGACCUAAUGUGUGUGCCGUCCAAGAAGUGGAGAAUACAAGACAGAGGUUUUUUUCGGCAUGCUUUGACUACAAAUACUCCCAAGUUUGCGGACAUCCAACGUUCGUUCGAUAUUACUGCUGUUCUGGUUUCACUAAAAUAGAAGGAGAGCCAGGGUGCUCAGGGGUGAAGCCACUAGAGGACAUUGUGUACACGGCGCGUAACAUGUUGCUGGAUGAGUUUGUGAAGAUGUCGGAGGCGGCAGACCUGACGGAUCAGCUGAGUAACGAGGGGGCAUAUACAGUGUUUAUACCUGAGAAUGAGGCCUUCCAAAAGCUGACUGACAAAGAGAGGAAGAACCUUGUGCCCCCACGGAGCAGUGGCAAACCUUCCUUACUCAGCUAUCACAUGGUUCAGGGUAGGCACAGCUUCAAGGACUUCAAACGCAACCAGCAUCAUGUCACUCUGUACAAAGAUAAGAAGCUGAUGAUCAACAAAUAUUCCAAUGGAAUAACAACUGUCAACUGUGCUCGAAUAGUGAGACCAAAUGAAGAGGCCACAAAUGGUAUUGUACAUGUCAUUGACAGGGUGAUCAAACCAUUGGAUGAGAAAGGCACGUUACUGGACGUGAUUAAUGAUGAUAAACAGGAUAGGUUCAGCCAGCUGUCCACGGCACUCAUCCUUACUGGCCUGGACCAGAUGUUACGGGAUGAAGAUGAAGCUUACACGUUCUUCGCUCCGUCAAACAAGGCCUUCAGCAGGCUGCCGUCAGACUACUUUCAGAGACUGGUCAAUGAGCCAGGGCACCAUGGUCUGAAAGCCUUGCUGAAGAACCACAUGGUUAAGCGUCCGCUAUGCGCAGACUCCAUCUACUCUGCUUGUGGCCUGCGGAGUCUAAACGGCCAGAUCAUUAAAGCCAACUGUAACGGAAACGGACUGACCAUACAGGGGAAGAAAAUCCAGGAGAGGGACAUCCUGGCCACUAAUGGCGUGGUGCACGUCGUUGAUGACAUCUUCAUUCCAGAUGCUGCAAAAGACCUCACAAUGAAGGCUCAAGAUCUUAAACUCAACAAGUUCAUGAACUUCACCAAGGACAUUGGGUUCCUGGAAAAACUGAAGUCUACGGACGAGGAGUUCACGCUGUUUGCUCCCACCGAUGAAGCCUUUGAAGCUGUGCCUCGUUCCUACCUGGAGGCCAUCCGGUCCCAACCCACUGCCCUGGAGAAUGUUGUCAAGUAUCACAUUGCUAAGGGCAAGAUGACCACAGACUCCUUCAUCAGCCAGCAAUCUGUGAAGACGGAGAGUUCUAUAUCAGCUGACAUCAAGGUCACUGUCUACAGAAAGGGACUGGCUGUGAAUGAUGCCACUGUCACCAAUCCUGACAACACCUGUGCGAACGGUGUGAUCCAUGUGGUGGACAAGGUCAUGCUGCCCCCGGAGUCAGAUCUGCUGGAUAUGAUCCGCAGUGAUCCGGAUCUCAGCUCCUUCUACUCAACCAUAGAGACAGCUGGGCUGGCCAGUUUGUUUGCAGACAGUGAUCAGCUCACUGUGGUGGCUCCAACCAAUGAGGCGUUUGAUGCUAUGGACCGUAGUGAUUUAGAGAAAAUGUUACUGGAUCCAGACACACUGGAAAAGGUGAUUCGAAACCACGUUGUGGAUCGCCUGGUGGCCAGCUGUGGGUUCCUCAACGACGCCGUCUAUAACAUCCGCUCUAACCAUGGGGAGCUGCUCCACUUCAAGCGAAGCAAUGGGGACAUCAGUGUGACAACAGACACCAUCAAAUCACCAGCGUUCAUCUUCAAAGUGGAUGAAAUGGCCACCAACGGGAUUUUGUACAAAGUGGAUACAGUUUUACCUUGCAUGUGCGGUGAAGAAUGAGAUGUGCGAAUGUUUUGUCAUCUGACAAAGAUAGGAGAUUUAUUGUUGACUGUAGUGUUCAAAUAACUUAAACCAUGACUGUUGUCUGCAGUGAUUCUUCCUCAAAUGUUUUAAUAAUAAUGUUAUUCCCCUCCGUCAUCUCUGCCUUCAGAAAUCACACAUUGUAUAAUGGGUCAUGGACUGUGACUCAAGCUGUUUCUGACAGGAAGGGUUCCCUGUGUAUUCAGACCAGUUUAUUGUGCUGAGCAGCUGGAUAUUUUGGGGGAUAUUUAGUGCUGUUGUUGUUAAUUUAUAUCACUAAUUACGCAUACGCAUUUGGGUGCUCUCUAUCACAUAAACUACAGACUGAGGCACAAUAAAGGCAAUUGCUAAUGAACAAAAUGUUGAUUUGUCGCACAAUUUGAUCAUGGCAGUGCAGCAUUAGUUGGUUCCCGCUAGCAUGAUUACAAAAUUCUACUGAAGGCAUUCUCCACUGCCAGCAUUACUUAGUGGACAAUGUUUUGGCCAUAUUACCUCUUUCAGCCUCCAGUUACCUCUUUCUGACAUACAUUUAGACAAGAUAACUUUAGUAUACAUAUUUGAUGGAUUAGGAUUAGAGUUCAGAUAGUUUAUUCAUUGAGUGACAUUCUAUUUGUGAAACACUUACAGACAUAUACUAAGGAUGGCUUGAUCAGCAUUGAGUGAUAUCAUUUCAGAGAUACACUGAUUCUAUUUUAUCAAAUCCUUGGCAUUGAAUGAGAUGGCCAUUGAGCAUUAACGUAUAUUACAUCAAAAGCUUGUAGGCAUAGAAAUUGGAUGAUUUCCUCAGCAUUGAGAGAUUCUGUUUAACCAAAGAUAGAAUAGUUUUUGUUUUUGAAUCCAUUUGGUCAGUAGACCUAAAGUUUGGAUAAUAAACUUCGUAAGCAUUGAGUGGUUCCAUUUAACCAAAGAUAUAAUGCCUUGGUCAGCAAUGAAUCCAUUUAACCAAAGAUGUAAUGCCUUGGACAGCGAUGAAUCCAUUUGGUCAGUGCUGAAUCUAUUUGGUCAGGCAGCAGGGUUAGAGAUUGGAUGAUUUCAUAAACGCUGAGUGACUCCAUUUACCCAAAGAUCUAAUGCCUUGGUCAGCGAUGAAUCCAUUUAACCAAAGAUAUAAUGCCUUGGUCAGCGAAGAAUCCAUUUGGUCAAACAACAGGGCUAGAGAUUGGAUAAUUUCAUAAUUAUUGAGUGAUUUCCAUUUUACCAAAGAUAUAAUGCCUUGGUCAGCGAUGAAUCCAUUUGGUCAGCAAUGAAUCCAUUUAACCAAAGAUAUAAUGCCUUGGUCAGCAAUGAAUCCAUUUGGUCAGACAGCAGGGCUAGAGAUAAUUUCAUAAACAUUGAGUGAUUUCCAUUUCAUCAAACCCACGUAGGCUGUAAUAGAAUAGUGGAUCAGCAUUGCACUAGAUAGACUGCCUUCAGAUCAACUUUGAGUGAUGGAAUGUGCUGUAUAUAAAAAGUUGGUUUGGCCAUUGGGUAAUACUAUUUGAUCACAGCCCAUUUAAGUAUAGACACUUGAUUGAUUUGACAUUUUGCUGAGAGAUUUCUUUGAAACGUUUCAAAAAUAGGCAGUAUUUGUCUGUAGACUCUCACCUUUAAUGUGGUAAAAAUUAGCUCAUAGGCAUUGUGGUUUUUUUUCUACAAACCAGCCCUGCUAUUGACUUUAUACCAACAUUUAAAACAUAAUUCUGGCUGGAAGUUUGUAAACAAAAUUUAGAAAUCUGGGAAAUACAAAAGGGGCACGCCAGAAACAUGACUUAUCGGUAUUUUCUUGGUUAGCAAUAAAUUUGGUCAGUGAGAGAGGACUGUGUUUUAUGAUGGUUUAAUAAGGUUUGAAAUCUCCAGGAUGAAUUCAGGAAGUGCAAACUUCACCAUGUAAUUUUAUAGAGAAUGCAUAUCCUAGCUUGUGAUGGUGUUAAAAUUGUUACCUUCAGGUGAAAGAAACCUUAAAUAAGCUGUGACAGAGGGGAUAGGUAGGCCUACACUACAUUCUAAUAUCAGUACGGUACUCUUAUACAGGACAUGUGUCACUAUCUUUACUGUCUAGUUUCCAUGAUUCUCCACUGGGGCCAGUUGCUCAACAUUGUAUUCCAGUUAAAGCCAGACUUAAAUCUUAAUACUAGUCUCAUUCUAAUACAAAGUAAAUGACCCUUUAGUCUGGACUAAAGUUAAUACAGCUAGGGUUUAAGGCCUAAUACAUUUUUGAACAACUGGGUCCAGGAGGUGUUUUUUUUUUUUUUUAAUAUCUUGUACACUUUUAACAUAUGGCUGAAGACUGCAUUUAGUUGUACUAGUUAUUGUAUGUUAUAAUGUACAACAACAACAACCCAUUAUCAUGGCUUCCUGGUAUAUUAAAAAUUGUACACCAUAUCUCGACCUAGGGUACUUAUUGUAUACCUGUGAUAGACUCUGUUUAUACUAUGUGCUAAUUUGUAUAAAAUUGCUUCACACUAUUUCUGUAGUUUA